UCAGCGUUUUUUGUAGCGGAGUUGCUCGUUUCCGAGGAGCAUUGAACGCACCUUUGCUCACUCUCGSCAGAGGAAAACAGCGAAUCUCGAAACUGCGACGAUAAAUCUCAGAGCAGCAUGGAGACCCGCAAAGAGGCGGCAGCAGCUGACCUCGCAUCCUCCACCUUCUCCCAGGUGGUCUUCACCGACACCCAGUACUCCUACCCGCUUUCAGCACCCAUCAUCUGCCGCUUCACCCUGAACGCUGCCUUCCAACCCAGCUCCAGGGACUGGGUGGGCAUCUUCAAGGUGGGGUGGACCUCAACAAAGGAUUAUCAUACCUUUGUGUGGGUGGAGACCAUCCAAGAUGCAGAGGGACAACAGACCAUGAGACAAGCUGUGUUCAAAGAAUACUACCUGCCGAAAGACGAGGUCGAGUUCUACCAGUUCUGCUACAUUGACAGUUCUGGGCAGGUGAGAGGAGCCAGCACUCCCUUCCGCUUCACAAACCCAGCCGAGCAAAACACGGAGAGCAGCUUGGAGGAUGACCUGCUGGUUAUCACAACACAGGACCAAGUUGAGCAGAGCCAGCGCGAAAAGGAGGAACUGCAGAAAGAACUGGAUCAGCUGAGAGCAGAAAACGAGAACUUGAGGAGCGCUCUGCAGGAGGAACAGAAGGAAAGCCUCUCCCUCCAGAGGCAGAAUGAAGCGAGAGAGACGGAACAGACCAAAAUGGUCAAAGAGCUGGAUCAGAUCAAGGAGCACAAUGAGAAAUUAAAGCACACUCUGCAGCUGCARCUGAAGGAGAAUGACCGCUUGAAGGAGGAGAUGGUGAUCCAGCUGACCAGGCAGAUGGAGACAGAGCAACAGAGUCAAAACCUUGUUUCGUCAAAAACAAACGAGGAGAAAUAUGAUCGAGCUGUGAUGAAGGUCAAUCAGCUGAAAGAAGAACGCGAGGAGCUGAGAAUGAAGCUUGAAGCUCAAAGUGACGAGAUUCCCAAGCUGAAAGCUAAACUCAGAGAAAUGGAGCGAGAGCUGUCCAKUACAAACGACAGAUUCCAGCUCCUGCAGGUGGACCUUCAGAGCAGCGUCAAAGACAAGGAGAGAGUCRCCUCCGAGCUGCAGAGGCUGCAAAGCUUCACGGGCAGCAUGGACGAGGUGAAGAGAGAGAACCAGGAGCUGAGCAGGAGGCUGUCGGAGCAGGAGGCCACGCAGAGGCUGCCACAGGACGACCUGAAGGUGCAGUGUCAGAAUCUCACCAGGCAGCUGCAGGAGACCMAGAACAAGCUGGCGGCUGAGAGGGAGGAGGUCAGGGCCGCCAGGAGACAAGCCGAGGCUUUUGAAAAUGAGYUGAAGGACGUCAAAGAGCAGCUGAGAAACGUGGCCACAGCCUGCAAUCAGGAGAACCGGCAAAGGAGCAAAUAUGAGUUUCUAGUCACAGACAUGAACAAAUACUUGGCAGAUAAGGACAUUAUCAUGGAAGAGAAAGAACAACAGAUUGUGCUCGUUAACCGAGAGAACCAGGAGCUCAUUAAAGAAAACCAGAAACUCAAAGAUGACAUUGAGAGGCUGCGCACGGUUUACACGCGCCUCGAUGAAAGUGUUGGUGCUACAGCAGCUGCCGCCGCCUCGGCAGAGUCACCCUACGUGCAGCCCGACAUCGUCGCACCAGUCACCGACACUUCAGGCAACCAGCAGAGUUCACAAGGACAAGAGGAGCAUAUUUAUGACACCAUAGAGUCUUUGCAGAUACCAGAAGAGGAGCCGCCGCUGGUGUGCCGCCACUGCCAGGAGAGAUUCCCGGGAAUAACCAGGGACGAGCUGGAGCAGCACGAGCAGAGUCACCGAGUGUGCCCCUUCUGCACCAUGAUCUGCGACAACAUGGAGCAGUCCGUGUUCGAGGACCACGUCUACGGGCACGAGCUGUGAAGGCGCCGGCUUACAGGACGGGCAGAGGGUCACUGACUUUUAUACAAAACUGCUUUGGUUCUCCAGUUACAUGAUCCRUCCCAGCAAACAUCAUUUAAAGGUUGAAUGUUUCAAAACACCUACAGUUUGUUCAGGCUAUGGGCUGAAGCUUUUAUUUUACUCAUUUUAAAGCUAAUUUUAAUUAAGUUAAACCUGUGGCUCACAGUUUCUACCAUAUAUUUGCUUUAGGUUCUUAGAAAAACCUAAAAUUGGCUUUAUUUUGAAAUGCAUCACAAACUUAUAUGGAAAACUGUAACUCUGAAUAAUUGAGAUAUUUAUUCUAUUUCUGAGCUUCUGUUAACUCAAAAAUGCCAACAAAGUUAAUCAUUUAAAUGUUUGUUUUCUUAAUUAGCUGUUUAUCAUUUGACCUCCAUCCUUUUUCCUAUAUUUCCUCUCUUCAUUUUAACCACAAUAAAUCAACUUUAAUGCUGUAAA